CAAUACAGAAUACUUAUACAUGUACAUACUACAGUACUACUACGUACAGAGUCCUGUUGAGCAAGCUCGGUUAGAGAUUCCGUCGCUUAUUUAGAGCCAUCUCGCGCUGCUUUUCGUUGGAGCCAUCUCGUCGGGCUAUGUUGUAUUAAUCUACCUGGUGGUGGUUGUGUGAUGGCUAACUAAAAGCCUGCCAUACAAAACACUAAUAUCGCAUAUCUAUCAACCAUCAAUAACCAUCCGACAACAUCUCGAUUGUGUGGCACAGGUUUUCGCCUGCAGCCAUAUGGAGUCAAGAUGGGUAUCACCUUACCACAGUCUAUUCAGCCUCAAGAAUGGUCGGCAACCAUCUGGGCCCUGGUUCUCACCUCAGCCGUUGCCUUUCUAAUUCAGGUUUUUCGGCGGCCCUCUUUCCCCCAAAAUGCGCCGAGAUUAUACAAAAAAGGAGACUGGCCUAUCGUGGGAGCGCUGGAUUUCUACUACGGUCGCCGUUCCGACUUUAUGAAGGAGGCAUUGCGGGACUCGAAGACGGGCAACUUUAGCUUCUACAUUGGCAAGAAGCAGUUGGUUGGUGUAUCAGGUACCGAGGGUAGGAAACUAUUUUUCGAAAGUAAAGACCUUAACUUUCCUGAAGCCUUUGCGGAGCUUUUAACUGGACAGCCGCAAGCACCCGAUAAAAACCAUGACAAUUUUGCGCAAGAAUUCUCAAAAGCUCUCGUCCCUCUGAUGAAGAAGGAGAACUUCAUCAAGAACCUCGAUCUCUUGACUGGCGACACGCGCGCCGCAUGUGAGGCGCUAGCAGCCGCUGAGCCGUCCAAGGCCGAUCCGGACUGGCGAGUGACCGACCCCUUCGAGAGCUUAUACGAGAUCGUGUACCAGCUCACGAUGAGGACCGUCGGCGCCAACGACAUUGCCGAAGACCCGAAAUUGCUGAAGCACACGCUCUCCAUCUUUGACUGGUUCGAGAAAGCCGACUCAUUCGCCAAGGUCAUCUUCCCCUGGUUGCCCACGCUCAAUCAUUACAUGCGAAUGUACUACGGCGCGAAGCUCGCCUUUGUCUUCCGCGACCUCAUCGAGAAGAGGAAGAAGACAGGCGUAAAGGGCAAUGAUGCCUUGCAGUUUCUCAUCGACCGUGGCCUAACUCUUACGAGUAUCGUCGGGUUCGAGAUUGGCGCCCUGUUUGCUGGCCAGCUAAACAGUGGUAUCAACGCUGGAUACCUGCAGGUGUACUUGACACAGAACCCAGAAUGGAUGGCGAGAUUGCGCGAGGAAGUCGACGGCGUCGUAGCGAAGCACCGCACAAGCCCGUCGCAGUCGCGCGCCGACGUCCUCUGCGCGCUCACGAUCGAGGAGUGGGAGGGCGAAUUCCCGCUCAUCGACCUGGCGUUGCGCGAGACGAUCCGCUUCUGUCUGCCCGGCGCUACAUUCCGAAAGAACAUGUCCGGCCACGACAUCCCUAUUGGAGAGUCGGGAGAAGUUAUCCCAAACGGUGCCUUCGCGAUCUUCCUUCUCGAAGACAGUUUGUUUGGCGACUGGUAUACUGAAAAGAUGAAGUGGAACCCCUCACGGUAUUUCGAAGAGAACGCCGAGGACAAGAAGGCUCCCCAUGCGUACGUCGGCUGGGGUUCAGGACGUCACCCCUGUCUGGGCAUGAGGUUCGCGAAGCUAGAAAUGGCUAUGAUCACGGCGUUUUGGGUCGGCAUGUUCGACUUCGAGUUCUCUGACAAGGACGGCAACCGGGUCGUCCCGACGCCGUCAUCGCUGAUUAUGAACCGCAAUCGGCAUUCAGCCAAGAAGCCUGACCAGAAUAUGUACUUGCGCUACAAGCCGAGGGAAGCCUAGGAUUGUGCUUUUUGGUUGUGAGCGAAGAGGACGAUGCAAAGAGCGAGAAGGAGUUCAAGACGAUAAAUUGGGGUGAAUUGGAUGGUUGAC